GAUGGCGCCACCAUGUCCAUUUUGUGACAAGUUGGAAAUAAUUAGGAAAAAAACCUAAUUAAAAGGAAUAAUUUGUGAACUUUUUUGUAUGUCUCCUUAAAAUUGGUUUCCCGGCUUUCUUUCUAUGUGUGUUUUAUCGUAGAAAAACGUAUGUGUAAAAAGUUGAAUUUUUUUUCAAUAGAUCGAAAGAUGUCCUUGUCGCACACUGUUGCUUUCCUUGUCUAGUGUCAUUAGACAAGGAGAGCACUAGUGUGCGACAAGGACAGACAUAUAGGCGCGAUAGACAAGGAGGGCAAGAGUGGUUGACAAGGACAGACAUAUACGCGCGGUAGACAAGGAGGGCAACAGUUGGUAGACAAGGACAGACAUAUACGCGUGAUAGACAAGGAAGGCAAUAGUAUGCGACAAGGAUAGAAUUAAAAUAUAAUAGGUUUUACACGGAAUCACAGUUCGAAUCCAAUAACAUAACACGGAUGAAGAAUUAGUACAGUAUAGAAUUCCACCUAUUAGUACAUUAAUCACGCGAAAAUGAUGAAGAAGUUAGAAGACAAGAAGGAACACGAAGAAGCAUCGUAUGUCAGGUCGUUUUGCAUUACUUGAUAGUAAAAGAAAGAGAAAAAACGGGAAAUCCGUUUCUUAUUCAAUAAUCAGUAACUAAUACAUUAUAUAUGUAUCAGAUUAUUUAUAAAAUUUGUAGCGUACAUUUAUUAAUUUUGGAUUUUUCUCAAAUUGUUCUACGAACAUUCUGAACAAAUCACAGUGAAUAUAACAAUUUGGAAUGUAUGGGACAUAUAAAUUAAAGGAUAGAAUAAAUAUGAUAUGGAAACACACAACAAGAAAAUAAAGGAUGAAACAUAAAUGUGAUUUGGAAAAUCAAACUUAUCAGAGGAAUAUAAUUAGCUUAAAAACUAUCUUCUAUUAUUAUUAUUAUAUUUCAUUUAAAAAAUACACAGACGAAAUGUAUUUUGUAAUUAUUCCGCUGUAUGUAAAACAUCAGCAAGGAUUCUGUAUAAAGUAGAUAUGUAAUAGAUUUUUCGAAAGUGAGAACAGUAACUGAACGGUACGUUAUCAUUUGCAUCAAUAUUUCAGAUCUCGAGCAGAAAUUUAGCAAGAGAAUAAACCGACAGAGUAAACGAAUCGUGGUCAUUUUUUUCUUACUCUUGGACAAUAACCAGUCGAAGGUUUUGGAUUUUUAGUCCAAGGUCGGGGAGGGAUAAGUUAAGGAUAUAUUAUUGAAAGAGAGAGAAAGAAAAAAAAGGAGAGCACGGGCGGAGGAAAGUAUACAAACGAUUACGUAUAUUCCUAUGGAGAAAGUUUUUUUUUCGGUACUCGUUCGAAACACGCCCUUGUGCCCCACCUGAUUUUGGUUGGUUCGCGUAUUUCGUUCACCUAACUGAACGGACUAUAUAAGAUUUCGGCUACCAAAGGAUCGGCACACACUUGCUUUCGUACAUUGUCAACGAAUCGAUCAAAGUCCUUUCUCAGACUCACAAUGUUCUCAAAGAUCGUGGUACUCGUUUGCGCUCUUGCCAUGAGCAAUGCCGGUUUCUUGGCACCAGCCCCUGGACAAUAUGCUUUGACUACCGCCGCUUUAACGUCGACAUCGGACAAUAUUCUUCGUAGCUCGGGAAAUCUGGCACAAAUCGCGACCCAGUCGAAAACAAUUGCCACCCCAUUCUCGAGCACCAGCAGAUCCGACAUUCGUGUAUCCAACCCGGCCAUCUAUGCGCACGCCGCUCCAGUAGCAUACGCUGCACACGCCGCUCCAGUAGCAUACGCUGCACACGCAGCACCAUUGGCAGCACCAUUAGCCGCCGCUGCACCCGCAAGCUCACUUCUUGGUGUCGCCUACUCGCCAGCGGUGGCUGUUUCGCACAUGGCCUACAGCAGUCCCAUCGGCAUCUCUUACUCCUGGUAAUCACUUUGCCUAAAAAUCCAAUCUAAAUUUCUUGGACCAUUGCUCUGACAAUCAUUACAGUUGUAUCUGUAUUUAAGAUAUUUUGUCUGCUUUUAUUUAUUAAAUACAAAUUUUACUGAAACAAUUGUUGUGUCUCAUUUUCUUAUUUCCCCUAUUAAUUUCACACGUUUCACCUUGUUUCAAAUAGGAGAUAUUGAUAGAAUUGAAGAAUCAAUUGAUAUUGUACAAUAAUACGGGCGAACCGGUUCAGUUUAGUUGUGUACAUAAAACUAUGAAUUUGCCUAAAAAUCCAAAAUUCAGUUAUUAUCUAGAAAGACAAGGAAUUUUGACACGAAAAUGUCUCGUUC